AAUUAUGCACAGCCGAUUCCAUCUUUCCCGCCUCAGAGCAUUUUCCCGCUCGGAGCAAAACCCUAACCAGCGAAAUGGGGACGAAGCAUCACUCUUCCUCCUCCUCCGAUCCAAUCGACGACCCGAAGAAGCGCCGUCGCGUCGGUUUUGCUAAGACUGAUACUGGAAUUGAAGCCAACGAGUGCAUUACUAUAUACUUAGUUUCAAGUAAAGAGGAUGUGGACUCCCCAAACAGUUUCUGUCUUGAGCCAGUUGACUUGAAUAAUUUUUUUGAAGACGAUGGCAAAAUUUUUGGGUAUCAGGGUCUGAAGAUCACUAUUUGGGUUAGCUUGAUAUCCUUUCAUGCUUAUGCUGAUAUUUCCUUUGAAAGCUCAUCAGAUGGAGGAAGAGGUAUCACAGAUCUAAAGUCUGCUCUACAGAAUAUUUUUGCUGAGAGUCUCGUUGAUGAAAAAGAUGCCUUCCUGCAAACAUUUUCAACUGAAAGCCAUUAUGUCCGAUCUGUUGUCUCAAAUGCUGAAGCAUUGCAGCUUAAAGUUUCAAAUGGCUGUAGCACUGAAUCUAAUUGUCUUUCGGUAUCAGAGCCUUUUGAUGCAGAGGUAUUCCGGAUUGUUGGCAUGCCUGUAGGACACCUUUAUAGCAGAUUGGUGCCACUUGUACUACUUUUAGUGGAUGGUAGCAAUCCUAUUGACAUCCUUGAUCCUAGAUGGGAGAUUUAUCUCCUAAUCCAGGAAAGGAAAGAUACCCAGGAAGAAAGCCUUUCAAGGUUGCUUGGUUUUGCAGCUGUCUACCGUUUCCACCGUUAUCCUGAAAGUAAACGCUUGCGACUUGGGCAGAUACUAGUUUUGCCUCCUUACCAGCGUAAAGGUUAUGGUCGUUUUCUUCUUGAGGUGCUGAACAGGGUUGCAAUAUCAGAAAACGUAUAUGACCUGACUGUUGAAGAGCCAGAGGAUUCUCUUCAACAUGUUCGAUCGUGUAUUGAUGUGGAGCGUUUGCUUGUAUAUGACCCAAUCCAGCAAGCGCUAAACUCAGUUGUAUCACGUUUAAAGCAGGAAAAUCCUUCUAAAAAAAGCUACACUUGCAAGUAUGGUCCUCCAGUGAAUGCUGUUGAAGAUGUGAGGAAAACUUUGAAAAUCAACAAGAAGCAGUUUGAGCAAUGUUGGGAGAUUCUUAUUUAUCUUAGCUUGAACCCAAUUGACAAAUAUAGGGAGACGUACAGGACAAUUGUUUUGCACAGAGUAAAGGCUGAAGUUGUUGGGAAAGAUUCAGAAGGCAACGGGAAACAGGUGAUUGAUGUACCAACUGAAUAUGAUCAGGAGAUGUCAUUUGUGAUGUUCAAAUCGCAAAAUGGUGAAUCUAGUAGCAUAGAGAAGGCUGACAA